AUGACUACGUUCAGAAAACUUCCCUCAACUUUACUGGCCAUCGGCUGUCUGCUGACCACUAUCAACAACAGCAGUGAAAACAGCAUUUCAGCAACGGCCAGCUUCAGUCCGUUAAGUUUACGAAUAGUCGGUGGCCACGAUGCCCCCAUCGACAGUGUGCCCUACCAGGUGGCACUCUACCUCAAAGAGGAGUUCUACUGCUCGGGCGUCCUCCUCUCACAGCGCACCGUACUGACGGCCGCCCAGUGCAUUAGAGGCCACGAGCAGACGCCCCAUCUCUUCAGCAUUCGCUACGGCUCUCAGGUGCACUCUCAGGGCGUCCGCUCGGUGAUCAUUCGCCUGUUGCCGCACCCCAAGUUCACCCCCCGGCAGAUCGAGUACGACCUGGCCAUACUGCACCUUGCCCACCCGGUCAUCGUCAGCCGGCACACCUUUCCGGCGGUGCUGGCGGAGAAAUCGCCCCUCGUCGGCAGUUCCGUCCAGAUCAGCGGCUGGGGAACGGUUCAACCGAAGGGCGCCUUCCCUCGAACACUGCAGGUGGCCAGCACACUGAAGGUAGUGCCCAUCAAGGACUGCCGCGCAAAGUGGGGCCGCCUCUUUGAUCUCUCCGGCAGUGGCAUCUUCUGCGCGGAGAGUGCCACACAGAGCGCCUGUCACUGGGACUCUGGCGGGCCGGUGAUGCAGGAAGAGCGCCUGGUGGGCGUCAUCUCAUUUGGCGCCAAGCGGUGCCUAGAGCAGGGGACGCCCAAUGGAUACGUGGACGUUUCCACUCACCGACACUGGAUUAUGGAGCACCUGCUUGAGUGA